AUGUUUUCAAGCAAGAAAAAAGCUACUUCAUACCAAAUUGAAGAAACAUUGGCCAUUCAUUUCAUAAGUCAAAAUACAGAUUUACAACCGUUUCGUCAUCCAUUUCGUAGCGGUGACUAUGGUGAUGGUUCUCCACCAAAAACAUUAGUUGAAUUGCAAAUGAUGCAUUUGAGCAGCAUUAUUCGAACGAAAUUAACUUGGUAUGAAAAAAUGAAAGAUGAAACAAUACGAAACAAAUGGAAAGAAGAGGCUUUAGAACAAACAUUACUUACAAAAAAACAAAUCGAUUAUGUUCUGAAUGAACUAGAAUAUUAUGAUUCAAUAAGGGAUGGAUCUAUGGGAAUGUCCGCUGUCGAUGGUGUAUGGCAAAGUGAUGAAUUAAUACCCAUUGAUAUGAAAGAAUCCUUGAUUGUAUGUGUAAAAAGUUUGGAGAAUAUACCAGAAAGCGAACAAGAUUGGCAUCCUGGUACAAAUAAACAAAUAUUAGAUUUGGUUCAUCCGUCAUUAUUUUGUUUUGUUCAUCAAAUGACAAGAGUCAUCAAUGAUAAGAAUCGUAUUAUCGAUGUUGAUAAUGCUCUAGAGCAUAUUAGUGAUGGCGAAGUUAUUGACAUCAAUGCAGUUUUAUCUUCAAAAAAUAAAGGUCAAAAAUUUUCGGAUGACGAUUAUACUCGAUCGAAUGCAUAUCAGUGGUUGCCAGCUGAAUUUAAUGUUUCAAAGGAUGGUCAAGUUGCAAUCGAAUCAUAUAUCAAUAAUUUGCAUCCAAUAGAAAAUAAAAAAUUAUAUCGAUUGAUUGAACAAAUAUGUGAACGUUUUAUACCACUAUUUAACAAAGUUUUAACAGAUUUAAUUCAUAAUGAAACGAAAGAGAAUCGAAUUCUUGUCAGUUCUUAUAAAUGGUACGAUUAUUCAAAGCCAGGUGAUGAUGAUGAUGACAACAAUGAUCCUGAUCGUCAUUUCCGAUCAAUUAUAUUACCUGAUAUCGGAGAAUUUCAGAUGCCAUCACCAGCGACUUCAAGCGUUGAUUUACGUGGAAGAAAACUACAAAUAAUUGUUAAAUUAGCUAAUAUUAUAUUGACACCAGAAAAUCCCAAAUAUCCUGGUGGUGUUUGGCAUGUUGAAGGAAUGGAAAAUGAACAUAUUGUUUGUACAGGUAUUUUUUAUUAUUUCAGUUCUAAUAUCACACAAUCAGAUUUACAAUUUCGAACUGUGAUAAGUGAACCAAAUUAUGAACAAUAUGACGAUUAUGGUGUGAGAAAAGUUUAUGGUUUAAAUGAUCGAGCGCCGUUAAAUCAAAUGUUGGGGGAAAUAAUUACGAAAGAAAAUCGUUGUAUUGCAUUUCCUAAUAUUUAUCAACAUCGUGUGGCACCAUUUGAAUUAAAAGAUCCAACACAAUCAGGUCAACGCAAAAUAUUAGUUUUUUUUUUGGUUGAUCCAACUAUUCGUAUACUAUCUACUGCUAAUGUUCCACCUCAACAAUCUCAUUGGUUGGUCGAUAUUGUACGUUCAAUACCUCCAUUUAAUAGUUUACCAUCAAUAGUCGUCGAUAGAAUCAUGCGUUACGUUGAUUUUCCUAUGAGUAUGAGUCGAGCGAAACAACAUCGUGAAAAAUUAAUGAAUGAAAGAAAAUAUUUUAUUUCACAAAAUAAUGAGUUACUGUUUGAAAGGCCAUUUUCUUUAUGUGAACAUUGA